AUGGGCGACUCACACCUCCUGUGCGAGGCAACAACAACCUCUCCGGCACCAUCAACGCCAUGGACCUCAUCAUCACAAAUACUCUCAAACGCAACUACUGUUAAAUCAAAUGAUGCGACCGAGUCUUCGACGGUGAGACAAACUGUGAAGGGAGACAUAAAGAUCGGAUAUUCGGACAGCAGCCGGUCAACUGCAUUACUGACAGGCAUUGGUAUUGGUGCAGGUGUUGUCUUAGUUGCUGUUGCAUUGGGUGGUUUGUUUUUUAUGUUCGGCAAAUAUGUACAAGCCAGGAACCCUUCUCGGAUCAAUAUAAUGGAGAAACCUUUAAACAAAGGAUCUAUUGCAAAAGUGUACGUUAACGAAACUUUUGGAGCGCCUCUGGCCUAUACCCCUAAGAAAUAA